AUGAAGAAUCAUGAGCGUCUAGCUAACCUCGCCUUAGCAGGUUUGACUUUAACUCCAUUGAUUGUGAAGGUAGACCCGAACUUGAAUGUUGUUUUGACAGCAUGCCUAGCAGUAUAUGUAGGUUGCUACCGUUCUGUCAAGCCAACUCCACCUACAGAGACUAUGUCCAAUGAGCAUGCAAUGCGGUUCCCCUUGGUUGGGAGUGCAGUACUGUUGUCAUUGUUCUUGCUCUUUAAAUUUCUGUCAAAAGACUUGGUUAAUGCAGUAUUAACAUGCUACUUUUUCGUACUUGGGAUUGUCGCGCUUUCGGCAACAUUGUUACCCUCAAUUAAACGUUUUUUGCCAAAACCUUGGAAUGAUGAUGUCAUAACCUGGAAGUUUCCAUAUUUUCGAUCUUUGGAGGUUGAGUUUACGAGAUCACAGAUUGUUGCAGCGAUUCCUGGAACCUUCUUUUGUGCAUGGUAUGCUUCACAGAAGCAUUGGUUGGCUAACAAUAUUUUGGGCAUCGCUUUCUGCAUUCAGGGAAUUGAAAUGCUUUCACUCGGCUCAUUUAAGACUGGUGCCAUUCUCUUGGCUGGGCUUUUCGUAUACGACAUAUUCUGGGUCUUUUUCACUCCAGUAAUGGUUAGCGUGGCUAAAUCUUUUGAUGCUCCGAUAAAGCUUUUGUUUCCUACAUCAGAUUCUGCUCGUCCAUUUUCAAUGCUUGGUCUUGGAGAUAUAGUGAUUCCCGGCAUCUUUGUGGCACUGGCACUACGAUUCGAUGUUUCCAGAGGGAAAGAAAGCCAAUACUUCAAGAGUGCUUUUCUAGGUUACACAGUUGGUUUGGUGCUCACAAUCGUUGUCAUGAACUGGUUUCAAGCUGCACAGCCUGCACUAUUGUACAUUGUACCAGCUGUCAUUGGAUUUUUGGCUGUGCAUUGCAUAUGUAACGGUGAAAUCAAACCUUUGUUGGAGUUUGAUGAGUCUAAAACUCCCAGCUCCGAAGAAGCUGAUGCUUUAAAAUCGAGCAAGAAAGAGGAGUGA